GUGCGCUCGCUCCAUCUCGAAGCGGGCCCACUCGUGCUGGAUAUAGUGUAAGAUGCCGGGGAUAGUGUACUGGGGCCGCUGCUGUAGUUCCUCUAGCUGACCCUGCUGCUGCUGCUGCUGCCGGACGCCGUUGUUGUUGCUGCCGUUGCUUCCCGGGCCCAGCAAAGGACCUCCGGAAUUGUUAUAAAUGUUCAAAGACUGAGCUUUCAUGGCCUCUGAAAAAGAUAAUUCUGAAGAAGUUACGAAAAUGAUUAAGUUCCUCCUCUUGGUGAACAAGCAAGGGCAAAUAAGGCUGUCCAAGUAUUAUGAACCAUUGGAAAUCCACAAAAGAACAUUGUUAGAAGCUGAUGUUAUUAAGAAUUGCCUCCCACGAACAAAAGACCAGUGUUCAUUUGUUGAAUACAAGGAUUUUAAACUAGUGUACCGUCAGUAUGCUGCACUCUUUGUUGUGAUCGGGAUUGAUGAUGCAGAGAAUGAACUGGCUGUGUAUGAACUUAUACAUAAUUUUGUCGAGGUUUUGGACAAAUAUUUCAGUAGAGUGUGUGAGUUGGAUAUCAUGUUUAAUUUAGACAAAGUUCACAUAAUUUUGGACGAGAUGAUUUUGAAUGGUCGUGUUGUGGAGACAAACAAAAGCAGAAUCCUUGCUCCCCUGCUUGCACUUGACAAAAUGACUGAAAGCUAAAACAAAGGACACUUGUUCAAAAGCUGCAUCAUCCAUUCACAGGGCUUUUUCCUAAUCUUUAAAAUGCUGCUUUAUGGAUGUCCUGAGAUUUGUCCAAAUAGCAAGCUUUCUUUUGACUUACUAUAGAAAACCAGCUUCAUGACCAGAUCAAAGGAAUAGCUAAGUAUAUUUAGAUUACUUCUACUCUGAAAAUUCCUGGACAGGAAUAAGAACCAGGGAAGACCUAUUCAAGAAUCAUCAGACAAACAGGAGAGGGAAUCAUUGUUAAAAUCAAGCUCCCUGUUGCAGCAGUCACAAGCCAUGUCCAGCAGCACAGCCAGCCACUUUAACAGCCCUGUGUGAGGAGAGGGUGGCAGCUGGGUGGGAUAGGAUGGUAGGGUGCCAAGGGGGUGAGGGAUAGGAUGGUAGUGUGCCAACUGGGUAAGGGGUAGAGUGCCAGAUAGUUGUGGGGUUGGGGAUAAGGUUGCAGAUGAGGAUUGCAAGUGCCUCAGGGUUAGAUAAAGAAAUGUCAAGUACUUAUAACAUGGUAUUAAUACAUUAAAAGAUCUAGUUGAUUUACAUUUUUAUAGAGGGUAGCAGUAGCAACUUAUUUUGUAAAUUAUUAACUUUUUAAAUAAAUUCCACACAUGCCAUUGUUAUUAUGGAGUUCAUUCUGUACAAAGUGUAUAUUGGGUGAAUGCACAUGAAACUGAAAGGCAUGGAGGGUAUGAGUUGCCAUUGGAAGUAGGUGAGGGGCCCAGAUUGACAUGGAGGCAGUGUGGGAGUCUGUGGGUGUCACAGGUGAGAGAUAGAGGGUCAAAAAUACAAACAGACAAAUGGGGACACAAUGUCGGCAAAUGCAAAUAAGGCUAGCUUUCUAAACUGCUUGCCUUUGUGACCACCUUCAAUAUGCUUCUGGAAGACAUGGGAGUAAUUCUAUCCUGGACCCACCUUCCAAUCCCCUGCUGCAGAUAAAAUUGAAUCAUCCAAAGUGGUACCAAAUAGAGAUGUACAGCAUGGAGGUCCAAUUCGUCCAUGCCGACCAGAUAUGAUGAGAUUCUCUACAGCAUUUCCCUCUGACUGAUGCGCCUAGAACUAUGGACAAUUUAGUAUGGCCUGCACAUCUUUGUGACUGUGGGAGGAAACCCACGCAGACACGGGGAGAAUGCGCAAACUCCAGACAGUCACCCAAGGCUGGAAUCAAACCUGGGAACCUGAUGCUGUGAGGCAGCAGUGCAAACCACUGAGCCACCGUUAUGCCCACAGUGCAUUCUUAAUCUUACAUUAAUCUAAUCCCAUGUACCAGCACUUGGUCCAUAUCCCUCUAAACUCUUCCUAUUCACAUACAAUUACAACAGUUAAAAGGUAUUUGGAUGGGUAAGAGCCUCCAUCACUUCCUCUGGCAGCUCAUUCCAUAAAUGCACCAGCCUUUGCAUGAAAAAGUUGCUUCUUAGGUCCCUUUUAAAUCUUUCCCCUCUCACCCUUGAGUUCUGGACUCCUCCAUCUCAGGGAAAAGACUUUGUCUAUUUACCCUAUCCAUGCCCCUCAUAAUUUUGUAAACCUCUAUAAGGUCACCCCUCAGCCUCCGACGCUCCAGGAAAAACACCCCCUCUCUCUAGCUCAAACUUUCCAACCCUGGCAACAUCCUUGUAAGUCUUUUCUGUACCGUUUCAAGUUUUACAACAUCCUUCUGAUAGAAGGGAUACCAGAAUCGCGCACAAUAUUCCAAAGUGGCCUAACCAGUUUUAAACAUUAACUGCGUUCUCUUGGCAUAAACUGCCUGACCUACUACAUAGUUUAUCUUUUCUUUAUUUCAAUCCUCCAAAGUCUGCAAUCUUUUGCUUUUGGUUUCCAAAAAUAAACAAAAAUAAUUUCUACCUUACCUUUGUGGUAACAUUCGUGUGUCUGAACAUCAUUCGUUGCAGUACACUUGAGAUUUCAGUAUGAAAUGUAGGGUGACACUUCAAUGCACUAUUGCAGAAAUAUUGCAUGGUCAAAGGUGCCAUCUUUUGGAUAAAAUAUUAAAACAAGAUCCUGUCUGCUUUGUCUGGGGAACAUAAAAGGUCUCACAGCACUACUCCGAGAUAAGCAGGACAAUUCAACUGGUGGCAUAACCAGUCCAUAUGUUAACCAGCAUCACUAAAAUAUAUUAUGUGCAAAGUUAUCUAAUUGCUGUUGUUGGACCUUGCUGUGCAUAAAUUGGCUGCUGUGUUUGCUACAUUGCUAACAGAAAUUCCAACAGUAUUUCAUUGUCUGCAAAGUACUACCAGAUGUACUAUAUAAAUUCAGUCUUUCAGACUAGAGUGUCCAGUUUUGAUUCCUGAAACAUACUGCAUGAUUUAAUUUAGCUUGGCUGCCAGACAGGGCAUGACAACUGGUAUAAUUGACCUGCAUCAGGAAUGUGAGGAAGUAACUAAUGUUACCACUGCACUCUUCAUAUGAGAAGGGCGGAUGUUUAGACAUAAAAUGAGACCAGAAUUGGCCUCCAACCUAUAGAUUACUGCUCAGCAAAUACUGUUCAACAAUCUCUUCUACUGUAAGUUUUUCAAUUGUGAUAAAAGUGUAUAAUUUAUAUAUAUGUCUGUGGCUUGUUGGUCCAUGGGUAUGAAUCUCACUUUGGGUGGUUAGGUGGAUUUGUGAGAAACCCAGGGUUCAAAUCCCAGAUGAGCCCUUAUUAUUUUGCCUAUGGCCAUACUAGUCUGAACACGCCAGAUCUUGGAAGCUAAGCAAACUCAAGCCUGGUUAGUACUUGGAUGGGAGACUGCCUGGGACUACCAGGAACAGGAGGCUUAGAAGUGGGUGGUGUGGUGGCACAGUGGUUAGCACUGCUGUCUCACAGCGCCAGACACGUGGGUUCAAUUUCCGCCUCAGGUUUGUACAUUCUCCCCGUGUCUGCGUGGGUUUCCUCCGGGUUCUCUGGUUUCCUCCCACAGUCCAAAAAUGUGCAGGUUAGGUGAAUUGGCAAUGCUAAAUUGCCCGUAAUGUUAAGGGAAUGGGUUGUGGGUCGGUGUGGACUUGUUGGGCCGAAGGGCCUGUUUCUACACUGUGAGAAUCUAAUAUCAUUUAUGGCAGUUUGAUUUCAAAAUCAAGAAAUGGAUAAUGCCUACUUCUGUGACGAGUUUAUGUUUAAGAAAACAAGAGUGGAGAGUCCUUCCAGAACACUGACUGAAAUUCAACAUUUGUCCCCCUGUGGUGUUGAUGAAAUAUGUUUAUGGUGCAGGAAUUACAACAGGUACCUAAGGGAAACAGUUUAGAUAGUUUGUUUUAAUUUCAGUAAUGAAGAAUUGAAGAUUGAGCAAUUUUUAAAAUUCAAUUCAGAAAAUAAGCAGAUAAAGAGUUCAGAAGCAAGUUUGGUUGCUCACAUAGAUUGGUUCAGGGUUUAGCUUGUUAAUCUUCCAAACUAAAUGAGUUUGGUCAGAAAUCUGUGGGUUAUUAAAACUGAAAAAGUUUAGGCUCAAAUUCUUGAAAUGUUCAUGUAAGCAAAAUUUGGAAGGGACUCAUCAAGUUGGUACUGUACAGAAUCAGUUAGGUGGAAACUUAAAAGAUAUGUGCAUAAUUUCUUUGGAUCAAAAGUCCCUUUAAUGAUAGUGUCAGAAAAAAUGGUUCAAACUUUGCCUUGCUUCAUGUUUUAAGAUCCCUAACCCUGUCUCUUGUACUU